AUGCAACUCACACUUUUUACAACAUAUUUAUUAUGUAUGGGAAUAAAUAAAUGUCCAUCUAUUAUAACUUUUUCUGAAAAUUAUACAUCAUCAUGGAUGAUAUUCGAAGGAAAAGUAGAAAAUGAAAUAAAAAUGUCACGUUUAACUUUUCUUGUAUUUCAAACUACUAUUCUUUCACGUUCAAUUCAAUCAUUAAUUUAUCGACCAGUAGUACUUAUGCAUGGUAUUGUUGCAUCAGCUUCUGACAUGAAUGAACUUGCUGAUUGGCUUCGAAUGUCUUUUUCCGGUAUUUAUGUUGUAUCAAUUGAAAUCGGAAAUGGAUUUGAUGAUUCAUUUCUAUGGUCAUUAGAUAAACAAGUUGAAUAUUUUUGUACAAAAAUUCGUAAUGAUAUUAAUCUUCAACAAAGUUUUAAUAUGCUUGGAUUUUCACAAGGAAGUUUAAUUGUUCGUGGUGCUGUUGAACGAUGUUCAUUACCUGUUUAUAAUUUAAUCACAUUAAAUGGUCUUCAUCAAGGAAUUUUCGGUAUACCAUAUCUUCUUAAACUUCCAAUAUAUAUUCGUGAAUUAAUAACAAAAUAUGCGUAUGAAAAACAAAUUCAAAAUCGAAUUAGUAUUGCAAAUUAUUGGCGUGAUCCCACUCAAUUAAAUAAAUAUAUAACUGAUUGUCAUUUUCUUCCUGAUAUAAAUAAUGAACAUGAAAUACGUAAUGAAACAUAUCGUAUAAAUAUGUUAAAAUUAAAUGCAUUUGUUAUGACAUAUUCCGAUAUUGAUGAAGUUGUUACCCCAAAAGAAUCCGGUUGGUUUAUGGGUUAUAUUUCUCAAUCAUUAAAUAUUGAAACAUGGAAUAAUUCAAGACAAUUUCUAGAAGAUCUUAUUGGUAUGAGAACAUUAUGGGAACAAGGAAAAUUAUAUACAUUUAUAUCUCAUACACGUCAUCAAGAUACUCCACAUUUACCAAAUCGAGAAUUUUUUAUGAAAAAUAUUUUAUCAUUUUUUAAUAAUACACUUUUAUGA